AUGGAGUCUCGAUGCCACAUUCCUGCAGCUUUUAUUAACACCUUUGCCUGCAACCGCUGUCACGAGAGCUUCGUGUCGCAAGACCUGCUAUUCCAGCAUCAGCGCCAGGAGGAUCCAUGUCCUAUCAACGUCCCUGAGACCACUGUAGGCAAGAUCACACUGGAGCAAGCAACCAAGUUGGGAGCGAAAAAGAAGAAGACCAACAUGAGCGAUGAGAUGAGGUGGUUCGUGUUGUACGAUAUCAUCUUUCCUGACCAGGAACCAGCGCAAAGACCAUCAACACCAUAUCAUCAACCUUUGGCCAACCAGACUCUGAACAACCUCAGCGCGCUAGCUCCUGUCAGCAUCUCCAGCUAUCGGGACACCUUUAUUGGGCCAUCAGUUCAAACCAAGAAGCGAAGACUUGAAGGGAAACUCAAACAUUGGGGGGUUGCUGACCCAGGUUUUCGCCAAACGCUGGCAGCCAAAGUGCAGGAAUACCAGUUCCAGGAACUCCAAGACUUCAUGAGGCGAAUGACCAUGCUUCGAGUCCGGUUGAUGAUGAAUCCAAAACGUCACACCUUAACAUGGACAACUCCUGGCCUUUGGGCUUCUCCCAAGGCAGCCCAGCAGACUUCUUCGACUGGGACUUUUUGA